AUGAAAAGCCGAGUGUAUAGCGAGGCCAGAGUCUACACGACGGCCAAUGUGAAACGUGGUCCCAAUUACUGGGAUUACGAAAAUACGGUUAUCGACUGGAUCCCCAACAAUGGGGCAUACGAAAUCGAGAACAAAGUGGGCCGUGGUAAGUACUCGGAAGUGUUCCAGGGCGUCCAGCUGGCCACCAAAUCCAAGAUUGUCAUCAAAAUGCUAAAGCCUGUGAAGAAGAAGAAAAUUAAGCGUGAAAUCAGCAUCUUGACAAACCUCUCAAACGUCGCAGCACCACCAACUGCAGAGCCGUUCGAUCGCGAGUCCUAUUACGAAAACAAGAGCAAUGACGUGCGUGAAUUCAUGCGUGCCGAGGUCUACAAUCUACCGCACGAUGGCCACAAAAAUAUCAUCCAGCUUUUGGAUGUAGUGCGGGAUCAGGUCUCUAAAACGCCAUCUUUAAUCUUCGAGCACGUCGAGAACGUGGAUUUCCGCACGCUGUACCCUACGUUCAACGACCUGGAUAUACGUUUCUACAUGUUUGAGCUUCUAAAGGCCUUGGACUUUUGCCACUCCAUGGGUAUAAUGCACAGAGACGUCAAACCACACAAUGUUAUGAUUGACCACGCAAGACGUAAGCUAAGACUGAUAGACUGGGGUCUUGCAGAGUUUUACCAUCCCACCAUGGAGUAUAAUGUGCGGGUGGCCUCCCGGUUCUUCAAAGGACCGGAGCUCUUGGUCGACUACAGAAUGUACGAUUACUCCUUAGACCUGUGGUCUUUCGGUACAAUGCUGGCAUCAAUGGUGUUUCAAAAAGAGCCUUUCUUCCACGGCACCAGCAACACCGAUCAGCUAGUAAAGAUUGUGCGGAUCUUAGGGAGCGACGAUUUUGAAACCUACUUGCAAAAGUAUCAAAUCACUUUACCCCAAGAGUUUCACGACAUCGAUCAAUACAUUCGCAGACCUUGGUAUAGGUUUGUCAACGAUGCUAACAAGCACUUAUCAGAGAAUGACGAAAUUAUAGAUUUGAUCGACAACUUGUUACGCUACGAUCAUCAGGAAAGAUUGACAGCUAGAGAGGCAAUGCAGCAUGAUUGGUUUGCCCCCAUUAGAAAUGGCGAGUACAACACCAAGUAA